CUUAGUCUGGCGGAUGUUGAUAAUCAUCGUGAACUUUAAGUUAAUAUUCAAAGGAGUUGCUCGUGUUAUUCAAUCAUUGAAGUAUUAACAGCUGAAUAUAAUUGAGGACUUUGUCUGUAUAAAAAUAGAUUAGAAAGUGAAAUCAAAAGACACAAAAGAUGGACGCCCAGAAUUUCAUUUACAUGACAUUACAACCCAGUAGCAUGACAUUACCACCUAGCAACAUGACAUCGCCAUCUAACAACAUGACAUUGCCACCUAGCAACAUGACAUCACAGACCAGUAGUGAGACAUUAGAAAGUUUAAAUCGUGCUGCCAGUAUUAAUCUGCUUCCUGUGAUUAUUUACAUGGUCGUUGUCAUGGUGAUCGGAAUAUCCGGAAACUUAGUCGUUUGUUUUAUUUAUAAAUCGCAGCUGAGGGAAAGGAACUCCAAUUCUUUUCUUGUGUAUUUAGCGGCUUUGGAUUUAAUUUCAUGCUGCGUCAACAUUCCAUUUGAACUUUCCGAUCUCCUUCUACCCUAUACCUUCGAUGCCCCAGCCGCUUGCAAGAUUUUCAGAUUUGUUGAAACGUGGCUACAGAGUCUCUGUGGGCUGACGUUGGUCUCUAUUGCUUAUUCGCGAUACCGUAUAAUCUACAAACCCUUUAAGGACAUUAAAAGAAAAGUUCUACCGUGUUCCAUAAUCACCGUGAUAGUUGCUAUACUGACGGCGGUGCCCGCGCUGGUGAUAUUUGGUAAGAGAACAGUGCCUACCUCGGUGCCGUCUAUAACAGGUACGGAAUGUUCAACAGAUGAUUCCAUGUUAGAUCAUCCAGCAAGAAUGGUUUAUUACGCAUGUUUAUUAUUCACGUUCGUAUUCAGCUUGGUCUGUUUCUUGACCUUCUAUAUUCUCAUAGGAGUUAGACUUAUGAAUCGACAAAACCAUGCCAUUGGAGAAACUCUACCCCAAAUAUCAAGCGUAAACCAACCGACCCAACAACACGUGUCUGAGCCGAAUUCCUUGGAAUCGUACCAAAGUACAAAUAUCGUUGUAAAACUUACUAGCAGUAUCCAAAAGCUGUUUAUUUCAAGGCCCAGUAACGCGUCUGCUGGACAAAUGAAGUUGAAAACGGGACGGAUGACCACCAUUUUCCUAGCUGUAACGAUAUCGUUUGUAUUAUCCUACGUACCGUAUCUCGUUGUUAAAAUCCUCAAAACAAACCAAUUUUAUUUCAAUUCAAGCGAAAGUAUGACCGAACUGCUUAUUUACAAUUUCUGCGUACGCUCAACAUUUUUAAGCAAUGCCAUCAACCCUGUGAUAUAUGGGUUGCUAAGCAAAAAAUUCCGGCACGACUGUGCUGUAAAAAUAUUUAGAAGAAAGAGGAGUUUACCUCGGUGAAAUUAACAAAUUCGGAUCCAAGUAAAAUUAACAAAGGUGGAUCCAAGUGAAAUUAACAAAAGUAGAUCCAAGCGAAAUUAACAUGAGCUAAUCCUCGAGAUAUUACAGCAAUGGAAUUUAGCAAAAGUGAACAGAAGUUAAAUUCACAAAAGCGAAAUUAACAAAAGUGAAAUUAACAAAAAGUGAAAUUAACAAAGUGGAAUUGAACAAAAUUGAAAUUAACAAAGUUAACCCCAGUAGAAUUAACAAAAUUAAUGUUUGCACGUAUGAUUAAUUAUAUAUUGACCCAGUGAAAUUAAUUAUAUUUGACCCCAGUUAAACUAAGUAUAAUUGACCCAGUGAAAUUAAGUAUAUUUGACCCUACUGAAAUGAAUUAUAUUUGAUCCCAGUGAAACUAAGUAUAAUUGACCCAGUGAAAUUAAGUAUAUUUGACCCUACUGAAACUAAGUAUAAUUGACCCAGUGAAAUUAAGUAUAUUUGACUUUACUGAAAUUAAUUAUAUUGGACCCCGAGUGAAAUCAGUGACUUAAAUUAAAGAAUCCUAUAUAUCUUUAUUUAUUUAAAUAUUUCCGAAUCUCAUUGUAAAUAUUUCCCGUCUUCAUUAGAACAGUCGGAGCAGUAUGACGUUAAACCUCACUUCAUUUCAUUGUAAAUACACAUCAUCUCAUUAAAAUAUUGUAUAUAUUUAGUUAUUAAUACACAUUACCAUCUAAUCUGUUUUAAGUUAUCAAUACACUUUACGUUCUAAUGUGUUUUAAUCAUCAAUACACUUUACGUUCAAAUCAACACAUUCUACUCCCUCUCUCCCCCUCUCUCUCUCUCUCCCUCUCUCCCCUCUCUCCCUCUCUCUCUCUCUCUCUCACACACACACACAUCUCACUCCCACCAGCCCACGCCCCUAUAUUAUUCCAGUGCCCUGUUUCUCGAAAUCUUAACUAAAGAUAAAAUCCAAUUUUAGUAGAUACUUCAAUUUUGAUUGGCUAAGCACUAAAAUCAAUUUAAUAUUUUUCAGUCAAAUUACUAAAAUUUGGAUUUUAUCUUAGUUAAAAUUUCGUGAAACAGGCGCCAGGAAGACUAUUUAAAUUUAUGUCAUAUUAUGUAUUAUAUAUACUUUAUAUACUUUAUUACACCUGAUAUUAUUUAUAAUCCAUUACCAUGGUAAUCUAUUAUUCUACCUAUGUAUCAUAUGUAUGUCUAAUGUGUAAUUAUUUAUAUACAUUGCAACACCUGAUAACACCUGACAAAGGACAAACAGCUAGUUUAUGAACUGGUGUAUAUCAUAACGAAAUAAAGUGGUUGAUUUUUUUUACCUG